CAGGGUCAUCAUGAUCCAAGGAAAUGCAUCCCACAUCCAUGAGUUCAUYCUCCUGGGAUUUCCUGCCACCAGAGAGCUACAGGCUCUGCUGUUUGUAAYCUUCCUGACUGUUUAUUUGUUGACUGUCACUGAGAACAUCGUUAUCAUCGCUUUAAUCAUAAAUCAUCACCAGCUGCACAAACCCAUGUACUUUUUCUUAGGCCACCUGGCUUUCCUGGAGGCCUGGUACAUCUCAGUCACUGUUCCCAAACUGCUGCUCARCUUUUUGGUGAAGAGUAAGAGCAUCUCCUUCACGGGCUGCAUGGUCCAGCUGUUCUUUUUCAUCGCCCUGGUGUGCACCGAGUGUGUCCUGCUGGCUGUCAUGGCCUGUGACCGCUGCGUGGCCAUCUGCAGCCCCCUGAGAUACACGGCCACCAUGAGYCCCCGGCUCUGCCUGCAGCUGGCCACGGGCUCCUGGCUGCUGGGCUUCCUCAUGUCUGUCAUCAARGUCUUCUUCAUCUCCCAGCUCUCCUUCUGCACCCCCGGCGUCAUCAACCACUUCUACUGCGACAUCAGCCCCCUGCUCAACCUGUCCUGCUCCGGGCGGCGCGUGGCCGAGAUGGUGGACUUCAUCUUGGCCCUGCUCAUCUUGCUGAUCCCCCUGUCUGUCAUCAUCAUUUCUUACAUCUGYAUCAUCAGCACUGUUUUGUCCAUCCCCAGGGCCCAGAACAGGAUGAAAGCCUUCUCCACCUGUGCUUCCCACCUGGCCGUGGUGAUCAUUUUCUUCUCGGCCAUGCUCUUCAUGUACGCCCGGCCCAGGAGUGCGCGCUCCUUGGAUCUCAACAAGCUGGUUUCUAUUUUUUACACCGUAGUCACUCCAAUGCUAAAUCCUUUAAUUUACUGCCUGAGGAACCAGGAAGUCAAGGACACUUUGUGGAAGGUCUUGUGCAGCACGGCUGCUCUCUCCAGAGUUUCUACAGCUGAUCACUAAU